AUUUAUUGUGUAAAAGGGCUGCUUAACAAUCUAAUCAUUUAUCAACACUACGACCUUGCAAACGUCAUGAGUGAACUGCUCACUGUUCCUAAACACAUCUCUGUUUCUCUGAACUUUCAGCCGGCACUUAAACGCACCAUACUUUAGCUAGUCGGCUAGCAGUUUGCUAGCAGCAACAGUCGUCCACGCCUUGUGUCUGUGCAGCUACGAAUGACUUGAUAACUGCGACUAUCUAAGUUAUCCUUCACCAGCACAGAUGGACGUCGGUGAACAUGUUCUGUCGGCGGGCAGAGCCGUGCUGGACAUGGUGGAGCUAGAGUGGCAGCCUCUGUCCCCGGGCGAGCUGGAGCAGCGGCUGGACCAGGCGGUGGAAGAGAUCCUGGAGGCUGACCUGAUAGCACAACUUAAAUCUCAGCGUCCCCCGACGUUGUACGUACAAUUACUGCAGAGCCAACCUAACAUGGGGCCUCAGGUUUUACACACAGCAACAGCAGCAUGUAGUCCCCCAGAGGAAGACACAGCAGAGUCCCAGGAACAGCUGGAUACCGUGGACAGUGCAGCACUGAAGUGCAUCACAGACCUGCUUCAGAGCUCCAAAUCCCGGACUAGAAUGGCCGGUCGGGCUCGUUUAUCUCUGUCCCACACCGUCCUUCUGUCCCUCACCCUGCUCUCCGAGCGCGUCAGCUACCGCUCUGUGUCCCGCCGCUUCCACCUGGAGAAAGGAAACAUCCACAGGAUCUUCUUUUCUUUCUGUGAGCGCGUCAACAUGCUGGAGGAGAGGCUAAUCAGGUGGCCAGUCGGUGAAGAGGUGGUAGAGUCUCUUUUCCCACUUUACAGUCCAGAGAAGGGGCAGGGGGACGAGGAAGAAAGUGUUCCCCAGGUCUUGGGAGUGUUGGGACACACCCAGAUCCCUAUCCGCCUGCCUAUAGGGAAACAUGAUGUGGAGAGCACAGUGCCUGAGGUGAAGAAGAUGAAGAAGGAGGCCCAUCCUGACUCCUGGUUAAACCUUGAGCUUUUAUGUAACCGUAGAGGCCAGUUCCUACACUGCAGAAUCAGUAAAGGGUCAGACGUGGACAGAGGCAGCGCUCUUAGAGACAAACUUAAACAGCAUCCUGAACUGAUGCCUCCUGGCUCCUGCCUCGUAGCCAGAGCUGGCUACCCGCUCACUGCUCAGAUUUUAACUCCAUACAUAGCAAAUCAUGGACUGAGAGAAGAGCUCUUCAACAAAAUGCUGGAGGAGCAUUUUCAAAUCCUGGAUCAGGCCGUUUCCAGCCUGAGAGCCAGAUUUCAGAGGCUUAGGUAUCUGGAUAUCGGGAACUAUGAUCGAGCCAGAGCCGUUGUGCUGACAGCGUGUGUGUUGCACAAUUUGUUUUUGGACAUGGGACAAGUGGUUCAAGGAGAAGUUAAGAAAGAGGAAGCGGUAACCCAGGAGGGAGAGGGGGAGGUGAAUGAUGAGGGUGUAAGUAGACGUGACGCCAUCUCGGAUUUGUUGGUGAAAAACUUUGAAUCAGGAAGCACGUGAUGUGAUGAUGUCUGUUAGAGAUAGAGAUUUAGAAGAUGUAAAUAAAGGUUUAUUUUAACAAAAAUCUCCAACUGCCUGGGUCUAUCCGUACACACACACACACACACACACCCACGUAACAGGGAUAGGUUUGCUUUUGAAGAUUUUACAUUGUGUAAACAGAAACAGUUUCCGCUAUGAAUAUGGUAAUGCAGUUAUUACUGUGGCUUAUCAUAAUGGUGAUGACAAAUGAUGAGACUGUAUGGUGUUUAGUUUUCCAGAACAUUUUCACCUCAUUUUACUUUGGUUUGUUUUGGGUUUUUUUCUGACGUGGAUGAGGCCUUUGUUCUGAUAAUACACUGUAGAUGUGGUUACUGUCUUAACAACAGUUGUACUACUCGUGCCCCUCGUCAUCAGAGUAGAAGUACACACCACAACCUAUAAAACGUGUCUGUGAUAGCAGUAUACUGGUAAGGAACACAAAUAAUAUCCACACAACAGCUUUGAUUUCUAACAAGUGAGAUUGUUUCCAGGCUCUUAGAAAGUGUGAAGGGGUCAAAAGGAACAAUUUACAAAUAUGUAAAUGGAGCUGUGAAAAUAUUAUCAAAGGUAGUAUUUAUUGCAGGUUGUUUAGUGGAUCACAUUACAUUGUGAAGUUGUUCAUAUUAUCUAAUAAACAAAGUGUAUUUCAUUAGUACAUUAACAUAGCACCAGCAUGCCUAUGAAUACAGUUAUUGAUACCAAAUAAAAAUAAUAACUAUCAUUAUAAAUAUCUGUAUUGUCUUAACUCAAAAAUAUAAAAUUUUAGUCUAUGACCUCUCGAUUAUCAUGAUCAUAUCAUUGAUCAUUUCUGUUAGCUUGUUUCUGAUUAUUUCAGUUUGUGCACUUAUGGUACCUCCAUAAAAAAAUAAGAUUUUCCACUUGUGCAUAGGUACAGAGAUGGUAGGAUGCUUGUAUUCAUGUAGUUUGUGUGUGAUAUUUCAGGUUUUCUUACUCUCCAAACUCA